GUGGCGCUCCACACUCUUCCCCCCCAUGGCCGGCAAUGUUUGAGCUGCAAGCUACCUAUACAUACCUUCACAACCGCUAUUAAAGUUUGCUAAUUUAGCAUUCACCAAUCUCUCCAGCACUACCGAGUUGCUGUUGCUGUUUGGCCAAAAUGAUAUUUUAAAGCAACGUGUUAUUAAAAGUCAGCUGCAUGUUCAAAUGAAAGCAAUGUAUAAAUGUUUGCUGCAUGUUCAAAUGAACAUACGGGAGGGGUGAUUGUUGUUUCAACCUUCGAGUGAACCUUGAGAAAUCGCUUGCAUCAUGUAUCUUUACCGGCAGCUGAGUCGGAUGCGAAUAAGCAGAAAAAGAACGUUCUUGAAAAAUGUGAUGGUGUUUAGUGUAUUCUUUGGUGUGCUACUGAUCUAUAGUGGCAAGGGCUUGCAUGUACAGACAAGUGGGGAGCAUGUGCACAUUGGUGUCGGUGCUGUUCAUACAGGUGGGAGAGAGGUGCACAUAGGGACCUCCAAUGGGUGGAAUGAGCGGCUGAGAGGACCCCUGGAAGCUGAGGACCCCUUGGUAAUCCGAGCCCUUCAUGAUCAUCUCCUUCGCCCACCCAGCACCAAGCCAUACAACCUUGAUAAUUAUACUAACAGGCUGAACUACAAGGACAUGGAGUCAUGGAAGUUCUUGCAUGAUCGGGUGUUGAAGUUGACAGCUCACCACCCGCCUGGCUUUUUCAUCGAGGCUGGUGCCCUCGAUGGCGAGUACCUCUCCAACACCCUCCAUCUAGAGAAGGUGUAUGGGUGGCGUGGGUUGCUGAUUGAAGCCAACCCAAGUGCUUAUAAACAUCUUGUAAAGAAGAACAGAAAAGCUUGGUCCUCCAACACUUGCCUUGCCAUAACACCGUAUCCAAAGGAAAUGGUACUGGAGAUGGUGGACACCCAUGAGCACACGGAGACAACCCAGGCAUUGUGGGUAAUCAGGGGUAGCUCAUUCCUGACCGAGGCUGGAGGUCCCGACCAGCGUUACCAGGCAAAUCACUACGAGACCACUUAUGCUGUAGUACAGUGCUUCCCUUUAAUUACCUACCUCAGGGCACUCAAUAUCACUAAGAUUGAUCUAUUGUCACUAGAUGUAGAAGGAGCAGAGACGAUGAUCCUUCAAACAAUACCUUGGAACUCUAUUGACAUCACAAUUCUGUUGAUAGAGCACCAUGGAGAUGUUAAGGGAAAAGACAUCAAGUUCAUCGACAGCAUAGAAGAACGAGGAUAUGAUUUAUUUGAUUAUCAGAUUGAUAAAGAUAAUAUUGGAGACUACAUAUUUGUUAAAAAAGAUUUUGUAUAGUGUGAUAUAUUGGAAAUUUAAAACUAAAAGGGGGGUAUAAUGUAGAAAACCAUGUGUAAAGCUGGCAAUCUUAAACACAAAGUGAACAGCCCACUUUCAUUACCAUUUAUAACUUCAGUGUUUGACAUGGAAUAUUAGAGUUAAGUUAUCACCUCACAAAUAUGAUAAAAUAUUUGGGCAUUGCAUAUUUUUUCACUAAAAAACACUAUGCAUGUGUUGGUGGCUACUACGACUGAGGGAGGAGAAACUUUUCUCUUUAUGCCAACAUGCAUUUAAAAAAAAAAAAGUCAUUGUAAUGCAAUAUUUAUCAUCAGAAAUAUACAUAAAUGACACUCA